AACCGGACACUUGUCCAUCUUCUUUUCCGCCCGCGCGUGUACACACUUGACCUAAGAUGAUAGUUUCGUCUAAAAUUGCGCUGCACCUUGGUAUUUUUGACAAACGUUCGAGAGUGAAAAUAACAGAGUAAAUCAAGGCUAGAGGUAAAAAUAAAAUGCUUAAGUAAAAAAUUGCAAAAUCAUUGCAAUGGGACUGAUGGAAUUGAUUGUUUCUGCUUUAUGUUUGAACGCCACUUGUACCGAUGACAAUCUGGAGAAAUACUCUAUUAGAAAAGACCGUUACUUUUUACUGGCCGAUCAAUUAAAGCACGAGAAUUUGCGAAUUACAACGCUGAUGAAUGGUCAUUUAAGUGGCUACGAAAUAAUUAAUGGGAGUAUCGUGGGAAAAGGAGUGGCUUUCGAUAUCAUCGAGAUAUUGCAAAAUGAAUACAAAUUCAACUAUACUGUGGUAGUACCGGACGACAAUGUUUUCUAUGAAAAUUCCCAUGAAAAGGGCAUUAAGAAUAUGCUUUUAAAUGGAGAAGCAGAUGUCGCCGCCACGUUCCUUCCCAUGACCUACAACGAAACAAUACGAUACUCGCGUAGUUUGGAUACUGCCGAGUGGGUAGUCCUGAUGUUAAGGCCUAAAGAGUCUGCCACUGGUUCUGGAUUGUUAGCUCCGUUUACCGCUUCCGUUUGGACCCUAAUUAUUAUCUCGCUACUGAUUGUUGGCCCGAUUUUGUACCUGGUGGUGUUCAUCAGGGUCAAAAUGUGUGAAGACGACAGGGACGCGGAAUUUUCUUUGCCCGCUUGUAUGUGGUUCGUGUAUGGGGCAUUGUUAAAGCAGGGUUCCACGCUGAACCCGAAAUCAGAUUCUUCGAGGCUGUUAUUUUCGACUUGGUGGAUCUUCAUCACAAUUUUGACCGCCUUCUAUACCGCCAAUUUGACGGCCUUUUUGACGCUUUCCAAGUUCACGCUACCCAUCAACAAACCGGAGGACAUAGUAAAAAAGCGGUAUCAGUGGGUAACAAAUCGGGGAAACGGAAUUAUUACCUUCAUGAACGAUCAACAGGGUAUCUUGCAAGAACUAAUCGGACCUCCUAAAUUUCAGAUCGAUUCUACCGACAAAGAUAUUCUUCAUAGCUACGUUUCCAAAAAUUUCAUGUAUAUUCGAGAGAAAACGGUUUUGGAUUAUAUAAUGUAUGACGAUUACAAAGAAAAAACUAAGGAAGGGGUUCAGGAAACGCAGAGGUGUACCUACGUCGUGACCACUUUCCCGAUUACCACUUUACCCAGAGCGUUUGCUUUCUCGCCAACCUUCAAAUAUUUCGAUUUGUUUGAUAUUACCAUUCAAUACCUGAUCGAAUCCGGUAUAAUCGAGUUCAAAGAAAAAGAGUUCCUGCCAGACACGGUGAUAUGUCCGCUGAAUCUCGGAAAUAAAGAGCGUCGCCUCAGAAAUUCUGAUCUGACAAUGACGUACAAUAUCGUCGGCGGUGGUUUGAUAGUAGCGACGAUCACUUUCGCUUUGGAAUUUGCCGUCCACAGUUACAAGCGCAACGGAUGUUGCUGUCGAGAUCCCAAGGACGGCCAUCAACGGCCAGAAAAAAUCACCGGCCAUUUUCCAAAAGGCAACGGCUUGGAGACAAAAUGGGUUUCGCCCCCUCCAUCCUAUCAUACGUUGUUCAAUGACAACUAUGCCAACAAUUACUGGUACGAGAACAACGGCGUCAACAAAAAGCAAGCUUUCUCAAUGACGCCCGGAAUCAUUGGAAGCAAAGGGAGCCUCGUUCCCUACAAAACUUCGAUUUUCCUGUUUCAGUUUACCAAAUAAAUUUUUUUAGAGCGUGUUUUACUCGUUUACGAUUGUAUAGUUAGUGGGAUGUUGUUUUUGCGUAAUAUAACGUUGU